AUGCAUUGCUCAUCUAUUGGCUAUUGUACAGCCCAAGCGCCACCUAUCAUCCAUUGCGCCAUCAUAGCAUCGACUGCUGAGAUAUCAACCGAUCUUGUAGCAUGCCUGGAGGAACAACAUAAAUAUAGUUAUGUCCUCCCUCUGCAUAAUUCUGCAUUUACUGAUCUUUGUGGUCCACAUGGUCAAUUCGAAUACUUUCCGUCGCGAUUACACUGCAAUGAGGUUUUGCAGACCUUAUGCUUCGUGCAUCUCCGCGCGCUCGAAAUCAAGUUACAAUACCCCCCUCUCGCGCUGGUUGAACCACCCGUGUCUAACACGGGUUGCGUUAUUAGUAAUAUAGCCCGGAAAGCCGGUCGGAGUUUGGAGUUCAUCUCUUAA